UGAUUGAGCGCGUGAAAGAGUGAACAUCAAAGUCUCGGGGACACCGGCACGUCACUCCUCCCUCUCUGUUUCCGGUCCAACUUACUAUAUUUUGUUGGAGCUGACGCUACUUUUUCACAAUGUUUGACAUGAAGAAGAGGAAUAGUUUGGGCUGCAGCCGCGAGACGGAGGAGUUCAGACGAGCGGCGGUCAGACGGAAAGUGAAAGGCGCUGCGGUUGACUGCCAGUCCUCACACACAGUGAGCAGUGGAGUGUGUGGCUCGUACAGCUGUGGCCGAGCUUGUGACAGGGUCUGUGGAUCAGAACUGAAGUCUAAACCUUGUGUAGAUGAAUCCCGCAAAAGAAGCCCAGCUAGAGGAUCACCUUUCAAACCACAAGCACAUCCUAAACCAACUCACCUCCAGAGUCCUUUGAGGGCAGGACAAGCUCAAGCACACAGUCCCACUGCAGGAAAAUUACUGCCUCUACAAGUUAACGGCACAGAGCAAGACCAGAGUCCUAACAGAGGUUGUGUAGUUUCUGUUUCCUGUGCUAGCCCAGCACAAAACUGCCUAGGCUCCCCUAGUCCUGUCAGAGGAGGAAACAGCUUUUUCUAUGGAGUAUCUGGAGCAUGUAUCAGCCCUGCCAGACUUACUCAGGGGAUUCCAAAUCUUAAAAGCAGUCCAGUUUUAGGAUCUCCCAGUCCAGGCAAAAGUGGCACUCAGACCUGUAGCCCAUUAAGGGAAGGGUGGCACAACACUGCUAAGUUGUCCCCAAGGAACCAGAGCCUUCUGGCAAGAAAAGUGCGGACCCCCAGCCCUGUGCUGGGGAGGAUGAGGAGCUAUAGCCUUGCCAAGAACUCUAAAUCCUGGCUAGGACUGCACAGAAGCCCAAGCAGCAACAUGGAAGGACAAAAGAAGAGAGCGGGGAAAUCCUUGAGUGUGCCUGACUUGAUCUUUUACUUGGAUGACAACAGGGUUCCCACCGAAAAAGUUGAACGCUCUCCACCGAAACUCAGUCAUGCCACAAAUGAAGCCCAUUUAUUAAGCAAUGGCAAAGAGCAUUCUUCAGGACAAAUGACUGGCAUAGUUCAGUGGGAAGAUUACAUGGUAAUAAAUGGGAUUGAAGUAAAUGACACAAUGGAAGAAGGCAAGAUACCCGUAGGACAUGGCUCCAAGUUUUCCUGCCAGUGGAAUGAGGCAGCUACAAAAGAUGGCGAGAUUCACAAGGAGUCUAAAAGUGAACAAAAUGAUGAGCAGAAGAUGAAAGAGUGGGGAAGUGAGAAAGAUGAAGAGAACACAGAGCAGAAAUUGUACAAGAUAGCCAAUGAACUCCUGCAGACAGAGAGGGCCUAUGUGGCUCGUCUCCACCUGCUAGACCAGGUGUUCUGCUCACGCCUAACAGAAGAGGCAGGCCGGGGCUCAUUUCCUCCCGAGGUGAUAAGAAAUAUCUUCUCCAACAUUUCCUCUAUCUACUCCUUCCACAGCCAAUUCCUGCUACCUGACUUGGAAAACUGCAUCAGACACUGGUAUGAGAGCCCAGGCCUGGGUAAUGUUCUCCUGCAACAUGCACCCUUCCUGAGGAUGUAUGCCGACUAUGUCAGAAACUUUGACCAGGCCUUGGAACUGGUGAAGACCUGGACCGAACGCUCCUCCGCCUUCAGAAACAUCAUCCAGGACAUACAAAGUCAGGAGGUGUGUGGCAGCCUGACCCUGCAGCACCACAUGUUGGAACCAGUCCAGAGGGUUCCACGUUAUGAAAUGCUGCUCAGGGAUUACCUGAAGAGACUGCCCGAGGACAACCCAGACUAUGAGCUUGCUCACAAAUCCUUGCAGUCCAUUUCCAUGGCAGCCACACACUCAAACAGCGCCAUCCACAAAGCUGAGAGCCUGAAAAGGCUGCUGGAGAUCUAUGAGAUGGUUGGAGAGGAGGAAGUGGUCAACCCGGCCAACGAGUUCAUCAGAGAAGGUCGUCUACUCAAGCUUGCGGCCAGGAACACAUCUGCCAUGGAGAGGCACCUUUUCCUGUUCAACAACUUUCUGCUGUGCUGCACUCCUAAGUUCAGUCUAGUUGGCCAGCGAUUUACUGUCCGCUGCAGGAUCGGGGUGGAUGGCAUGCAGGUGCAGCAGACCACCAAUGAAGACCACCCAUACACCUUCCAAGUCUCUGGAAAGGAGAGAACCCUUGAGCUGCAGACCAGCUCUGAACAAGACAGAGAUGAGUGGAUAAAGGUAAUUCAGGCAGCCAUUGACGUGUUUCAGAAGAAAAAUUACACCUUCAAAUUGGCUUCUAAGGAGUUGAAUAUAGAAGACCCAACGGAGGAACUCGGCCGACGUGCCCCUCGCUGGAUCAGGGACAACGAGGUGACCGUGUGUAUGAAAUGCCAGGAACCUUUCAACGCGCUUACCAGGAGAAGACAUCACUGCAGAGCCUGUGGCAGCGUGGUGUGCUGGAAGUGUUCAGACAAUAAAGCGGCUUUAGAGUAUGACGGAAACAAGCUGAACAAAGUGUGCAAAGCCUGCUACUCCAUCCUGACGAGUCAGAGAGGGGAGCGUGUGGAGGGAAAGAAGAACAAAGUACUAGAGCUGGGGGCAUCUCCAGUGUCCAGUGACUGCACAAUGAGUGGCUUCCUGCUGGAUAGUGACAACCCAAAGAUAAUAGAUGUGAUCUGUUAUCCCCAGGACUGAACCUUAUGUCCUCUAUCUGUACACUGCUCCACAGGGGUGCCGUCGAGUGGAAAAAGUGACUCACUUCAUAUCCUGUAUUAGAAAAGAGAGCACACUAUUCUAUUGCAACCUCACUGUGAGACUUCACCCCCAUCCAGGAUGUGAAGCCCCUAUCCUGUAUACCUCUACUGGGCUGCAGUGUGGAGGAUUCCCCUCAGGAGCUGGAGGGUCAGACUUGUUUCUCUUUAAGACAAUCCAAAACCACCCACACUUUGCCCUGCGAUGGCUUGGACCUCAAACAGAGCUGACUGACUGUUCUGAAAGUUGCUGUGACAUGCAGGGUGCCAUGGGCACACACUGUGGCUAUGACAUCACCACCAAUGGCUCCAGAUGUGAGAUUAAUCGUAAUGUCAAUGAUGGAAGUGUCUCAAGUGGUGAGGAAUGUAUCAUCAGUGGCAACAAGUAAAACCACUCAUGAAUGUUUGAGGUUAGGCACUAUGGAAAGUUCUCAUAGCAUGCACAUGAACAAACGUCAACAGACAAAACAAGUCCAUUGAUGUUUGAGAGGAAGGGCACCUCAAAAAUACGAGAACUGUAUUUAUCUUACAAGUGGUGAUGCACUUUAUUUCUGAAAUGAUUUACAGUAAAAUAAAUAAAGUGAAGGUGUUUUAACAUGA